UAGUUUGGGGUGGGGGCAGCUUCGGAAAGAGGCGCAGAGGAGAGGCCUCAAUGUCAACGUAGGGAGAGUGAGGCGGAGAAGGCGGGGGGCGGGCAAAGUAGGACUAAAAAAAAAAAAAAAAACAAAAAACCCAUUGCUAUGGAAUCUAUUCCGACUCACAGCGACCCUCUAGGACAGAGUAGAGGUGCCCCAGAGGGUUUCCAAGGCUGUCAUCUUUACUGUAGCAGACUGCCACAUCUUUCUCCCGCCAAGCGGUUGGUGGGUUCGAACCACUGACCUUUUGGUUAGCGGCCGAGCGCUUUGACCACUGCGCCACCAGGGCGCCUAAAGUCGGGAAAGAAAGGCAGUAUACGUGACCCGGAGCUGUGUGAGGAGGAGAGGGAGGAGGGGGUCAGCGAGAGAAGAGAUGGGUGUGAGAGGGUCCGUGCGAGGAAUGGGGGUGAAGUCCACAAGGGGAGGGCCAAGGUGGGGGUUCUGCUUGAGGAGCGUGGGAGCAGAGGCAGUGGGGGGGGGCCCGGGGGGGGAGUCUGCGGGAGGAGGGCGGGAAUGGAGCCUACAGUGGCCAGGGCCAGCCUGAGGAGGAGCAGCGGUUAUUGUGGCGAGGUGAGCCUGGAGAGGGGGGUAGAGGGAGGAAAGAAUAAAUCUCAGGCAGUCUUUGCAGGGACUCAUUGAGGCUUCAAAGAAAUGAGGUUACCAAGUGAAGGACUGGUUAAGACUGGACAACCAGUGAGUGGGGGGGAUUAGUUGGAUUAAGUGCAUAAAUUGACCUGUGAUGGGAGAGGGGCAGCAUCGCAGUGUUGGAUAGUCUCAGGGGAGUCAAUGAAGAGUCAUUACAGCAAGUUGGGGAAAGAAGGCAGCAUGAGUGAGUUGAUACUGAGAACAGGGGCAGCAGUCCAGUUGAUCAGUGUCAGAAUAGGGGAUAUGUAUACGAUUGCUGGGGAGUCCUGGUGGCGCAGUUGUUAAGCGCUCGGCUGGUAACCGGAGAAUCAGCGGGUCAAACCCACCAGCUGCUCUGCGGGAGAAAGACGUGGCACCCUGCUUCUUAAAGAUUUACAGCCUUGGAAACCCUAUGGGGCAGUUCUACUCUGUCCUACAGGGUCGCUAUGUCUCAGAAUCAACUCCACAGCGAGGGGUUUGGCAGAGGGGAUUGGAAAUUGCUUCAAGAAGGAAGUGAGGGGUCCACUGUUGAAGAGUUUUUCUGUGUUGGAAGUAUUCCUGCCUGGAAUCUUUAUAGAUUUUUUUCCCUCGCCACUGAUGGAGCCCUCCAUCAAGUGCGUGGUGGUUUAGGAAAUUGGAGGACUACGGCAAGAAGUCCGAAAGUCUAAAGAAUAAAGAAGUUACACAGAGGAAGUCACUUUUAUUUACCCUCCCUAUUACUCCUUCUUUGGAAACCCUGGUGGCAUAGUGGUUAAGAGCUAAGGCUGCUAACCAAAAGGUCAGUAGUUUGAAUCUACCAGAUGCUCCUUGGAAACUCUAUGGGGCAGCUCUCCUGUGUCCUAUAGGGUUGCUAUGAGUCUGAAUCAACAGGUUUGGUUUUGGUUUAUUACUCCUUUAGAUCUGAUUCAACAUAGAUGUUCCUGAGAAGACUGCCUGCUCCUUCCUCCCUUCCCUGCCUGCCUGCCUGCCUAGUUUGCUUCCUUCCCUUCCCUCCUCCCCUCCUUUUCUUCCUCCCUCCAUUUGUUCCUUUCUUUCACAUAGAUUCAGGCCUGAGUAAGACUGCCCUUUAGCCUAGUGUAGAGUCUGAGGCUUUUCUUUCAAAAUGAAGAAUUGGGGGAGGGGGAAAGGGGAGAAGAGAAAACAGGGGAGCGCCUCUGGGAACAUCACAUCAAACCCCAACUUCUCCCAGAGGUACGUCUAAAUAAAUCCUGGCUUAUUUCAUAGCUAUUUCUGUCAGACUUCUGUUUUUGUUUUGUUAACUACGGAUUUAGACCUUUCAUCUCUCUUUAGCCCCUAUUUGUGAACAGACUCUCCUACCCCAUCCUGUUUCUUACCAUCCCCUGUUAUUAUAGGGUUGUAAUAGAAUUUCAAGAACAUGACUGUUGUACACUCAGUAGAAAACCAGAAAGGACUUAAUGGAAGAAAGGGCAAAGGGUUAGGAAUCUUAGAAUGCUCCUGCUUCAGGGAAAGGAUAGAGUGGGACAAAAUUUGAAUUGCUUAAACUUUACAGGGAUCUUGAAAACGCCACAAGUCAGGGAAAUCAGAUCAGGUCACUAAAGAGGAAUUCAAAGAACUACACUGUUUAUCAGGAGGGGGAGUCUAUGAACAGUACCUGCACUGCACAACUGGAAGGGUUCCAUCUAAGAAGAAUGUUGCCGCUUCAUGGGGGCUGAGCAAGCAAGAGAACAGAUGGUGAAGACUGGAAAGGUCAAAGGAAACCCUGUUGGCAUAGUGGUUAAGUGGCUACGGCUGCUAACCAAAAGGAAUCAACAGUAGUCUUCCAUGAGGAACUGCCUCUUCCAUUUGCUGCUGGAGCUGAAGUUGUUUCUUGCUGGCAGAAUCAGGGACAUGCCAGCAUUAGCGGGAUGAGUGGGUGCUCCGGCGGGGAUGUGGUCGUUGCCGGCCAGUGAGGGCGAGAGCGCCACGGCCCACUUCUUCCUUGGAGCUGGAGAUGAGGGGCUGGGCACCCGUGGAAUAGAUAUGAGGACAGAAGAGAGUGACAGCGAGCUCCUUGAAGAUGAGGAGGAUGAAGUGCCUCCUGAACCACAGAUCAUUGUUGGCAUCUGUGCCAUGACCAAGAAAUCUAAGUCCAAGCCAAUGACCCAAAUCCUAGAGCGACUUUGCCGAUUUGACUACCUGACUGUUAUCAUUCUGGGAGAAGAUGUGAUUCUCAAUGAACCUGUGGAAAACUGGCCAUCCUGCCACUGCCUCAUCUCUUUCCACUCCAAAGUAAAGAGGCCACCAACUCUUCCUGACACACUAGAAAACAGCUUUCCCCUGGACAAGGCUGUUGCUUACUCCAAGCUUCGAAAUCCCUUUCUUAUCAAUGACUUGGCCAUGCAGUAUUAUAUCCAAGAUAGGAGGGAGGUGUACCGGAUCCUGCAGGAGGAGGGUAUCGAUCUGCCUCGAUAUGCUGUGCUCAACCGUGACCCUGCCCGGCCUGAGGAAUGCAACCUGAUAGAGGGUGAAGACCAGGUAGAGGUAAAUGGAGCUGUCUUUCCCAAGCCCUUUGUGGAGAAGCCAGUGAGUGCGGAGGACCACAAUGUUUACAUCUACUACCCCAGUUCAGCUGGUGGAGGAAGCCAGCGCCUCUUCCGUAAGAUUGGCAGCCGAAGCAGCGUUUACUCUCCUGAGAGCAGUGUCCGAAAGACAGGGUCGUACAUCUAUGAAGAGUUCAUGCCGACGGAUGGCACAGAUGUCAAGGUGUAUACGGUGGGGCCAGAUUAUGCCCAUGCUGAAGCCAGAAAAUCUCCAGCUUUGGAUGGGAAGGUCGAACGAGACAGUGAGGGCAAAGAGAUUCGGUAUCCAGUCAUGCUGACCGCCAUGGAAAAGCUUGUGGCCAGGAAAGUCUGCGUAGCUUUUAAGCAAACAGUCUGUGGAUUUGACCUUCUUCGUGCCAAUGGUCACUCCUUUGUGUGUGAUGUCAAUGGCUUUAGUUUUGUCAAGAACUCAAUGAAGUACUAUGAUGACUGUGCCAAGAUUCUGGGGAACACGAUAAUGCGGGAACUUGCCCCACAGUUCCAGAUUCCAUGGUCCAUCCCGACAGAGGCUGAGGACAUCCCCAUUGUUCCUACUACAUCCGGCACCAUGAUGGAACUUCGUUGUGUCAUUGCAAUUAUCCGUCAUGGGGAUCGUACCCCCAAACAGAAGAUGAAGAUGGAAGUGACACACCCAAGGUUUUUUACUAUAUUUGAAAAACAUGGUGGCUACAAGACAGGGAAAUUAAAAUUAAAGCGACCUGAGCAGCUACAGGAGGUGCUGGACAUCACAAGGCUGCUGCUGGCUGAGCUGGAGAAAGAGCCAGCCGGUGAGAUCGAGGAGAAGACUGGGAAACUAGAGCAGCUGAAGUCUGUGCUAGAGAUGUAUGGCCACUUCUCAGGCAUCAACCGGAAGGUGCAGCUGACUUACUGCCCUCAUGGAGUAAAAGGUCCUAACGAGGGGCAAGAUCAGGGGGAAAGCCUGACCCCAUCUCUACUAUUGGUGCUGAAGUGGGGUGGAGAACUGACUCCCGCUGGCCGUGUUCAGGCCGAGGAGCUGGGGCGAGCUUUCCGCUGCAUGUACCCUGGAGGACAGGGUGACUAUGCUGGCUUCCCUGGUUGUGGGCUGCUUCGUCUCCAUAGUACUUUCCGCCACGACCUCAAGAUCUAUGCCUCUGAUGAGGGCCGUGUGCAGAUGACUGCUGCUGCCUUUGCUAAGGGCCUUCUGGCUCUAGAAGGGGAGCUGACACCCAUUUUGGUACAAAUGGUGAAGAGUGCCAACAUGAACGGGCUCCUGGACAGCGAUGGAGACUCCUUGAGCAGCUGCCAGCACCGGGUGAAGGCUCGACUACACCACAUUUUGCAGCAGGACGCGCCCUUUGGCCCUGAAGACUAUGAUCAGCUGGCUCCCACUGGAAGCACCUCCCUGCUCAACUCCAUGGCUGUCAUCCAGAAUCCUGUGAAGGUCUGUGAUCAGGUAUUUGCCCUGAUUGAAAACCUCACCCACCAGAUCCAGGAACGGAUGCAGGACCCCAAGUCUGUAGACUUGCAGCUCUACCACAGUGAGACACUAGAGCUAAUGCUACAGCGCUGGAGCAAGCUGGAGCGUGACUUUAGACAGAAAAGCGGGCGCUAUGACAUCAGUAAGAUUCCUGAUAUCUAUGACUGUGUCAAGUAUGAUGUGCAGCACAAUGCGAGUCUGGGACUACAAGGCACAGCAGAGUUGCUACGUCUCUCUAAGGCACUGGCCGAUGUGGUCAUUCCCCAGGAGUAUGGAAUCAGUCGAGAGGAGAAACUAGAAAUUGCUGUUGGCUUCUGUCUUCCACUGUUGCGGAAGAUACUGCUUGACCUGCAGAGAACUCACGAGGAUGAGUCUGUCAACAAGCUGCAUCCCCUGUACUCCCGAGGAGUGCUCUCCCCAGGCCGUCAUGUUCGAACACGUCUCUAUUUCACCAGUGAGAGCCAUGUCCAUUCCCUACUGAGUGUUUUCCGUUACGGAGGACUUCUGGACGAGACCCAGGAUGUACAAUGGCAGCGCGCUUUGGCUUAUCUUAGUGCCAUCUCUGAGCUCAAUUACAUGACCCAGAUUGUCAUCAUGCUUUAUGAGGACAACACACGGGAUCCCCUAUCAGAGGAGCGGUUCCAUGUGGAGCUGCACUUCAGCCCUGGCGUGAAAGGUGUCGAGGAAGAAGGCAGUGCCCCAACUGGCUGUGGAUUCCGUCCGGCCUCUUCUGAGAAUGAAGAGAUGAAAACAGACCAAGGCAGCAUAGAAAACCUGUGCCCCAGGAAGACAUCAGAUGAGCCAGACCGGGCAUUGCAGACUUCACCCCAGCCCUCUGAGGGCCCUGGCCUCCCAAGGAGAUCACCUCUCAUUCGUAACCGAAAAGCUGGCUCCAUGGAGGUCAUGAACAUGCAGUGUACGGGGAGCCUGGACCUGAUCCCCUUGAGGGGACGGCGCCGCCGGAGGUCAGGAGACCUCCCCCGGCCUUCCCCAGCCAUCGGCCUACAGCCCCGGGCUGUGUCUACCACUCACCUGGCUUCCUGCACACAGGUGCUUUCUGAGACUUCAUCCUCAAGGCCUGGUGGCUAUCGGCUCUUUUCGUCUUCACGGCCACCAACGGAGAUGAAGCAGAGUGGCCUAGGCUCACAGUGCACAGGGCUGUUCAGCACCACAGUGCUGGGUGGCUCCUCCAGCGCCCCGAAUCUACAGGACUACGCCCGCAGCCAUGGCAAAAAGCUACCACCUGCCAGUCUGAAGCACCGAGAUGAGCUCUUGUUUGUCCCGGCCGUAAAACGAUUUUCUGUGUCGUUUGCAAAGCAUCCGACUAACGGAUUUGAAGGAUGCUCCAUGGUGCCUACCAUCUACCCCCUGGAAACACUGCAUAAUGCCCUUUCCCUGCGUCAAGUAAGUGAGUUCUUGAGCAGAGUCUGCCAACGCCACACUGAUGCCCAGGCCCAAGCAUCUGCAGCCCUCUUUGACUCUAUGCACAGCAACCAGGCAUCCAAUAGCCCAUUUUCCCCACCCCGUACUCUCCAUUCACCUCCCCUGCAACUACAGCAGCGCUCUGAGAAGCCCCCUUGGUACAGCAGUGGCCCUUCCAGCACUGUGUCCAGUGCUGGUCCUUCUUCCCCCACUGCAGUGGAUGGUAACACCCAUUUUGGCUUCAGUGAUCAAUCUUCCCUAAGUUCACACGUGACUGAAGAACGUCAAGGCUUUGGGCAGCCCCAGGAGACUCCUGGGAAUGGAGCACAAGAGCCUACAGAAGGGGAGAAAGAAACUUUUGAACCAAAUCAGUCCCCCCAGGAGCCACCUGUGCAGACCAGCCAGCCAUGCCAGGAUGUCCCUGAGGAGGUCAGCCAGCCAUGCCAGGAGUUCAUUAAGGAAGUCAGCCAGCCAUUCCGGGACGUCCCUGAGGAAGUCAGCCAGCCGUGCCGGGAGAUGCCUGAGAUCAGCUGGCCAUGCCAGGAGGUCCCUGAUAUUAGCCAGCUGUGCUGGGAAACCCUUCAGAAGGCUAGCCAGCUAUGCCAGGAGGACCAUAACAAUGUUAACCAGAUAUGCCAGGAAGUUCCUGAGAUCAGUCUGCCAUGCCAGAAGGCCAGCCACGUCUCUGAGGAAGUCUGUCAGCUUUGCCAAGAGAACUCUGAGGAGGUCAACCAGCCAUGCCAGGAGUUCUCUGUGGAGGUUGGCAGGUUGGCCCAUGAGUCUCCUGCAAUCACUCUGUUGUCUGAGGACAUCCCUGAGGUUGAUAAGCCAUCCCAAGCAUUCCCUGGGGAUGAAGAUCUGUGGGCCCAGGAGGCUCUUAAGGAGGUUAAUCAGCAGUGCUGGGUGGUCCCUGAGGUGAUUGACCAGCUGCCUGGAGAGGAUGUUCCCCAAGCCCAGUAUCCAUCCAGUGAGCCAAAUCCUCAGAGCCAGUCUCUAACCCAUGACCAGCACCCACCCCUUUCACCAGCAACAUGUGAUUAUUCACUUGCUCAUUAGUGGUGUCACACUAUACCAGCCAUUGGAGCCAGCAACUUUCUCUGUUGGCUAACUUACUUGCCAGCCUAAGGCCUUGGCUCUCAGCAGAGGUGUCUGAGGAAGCAGCCCCUCUUCUCAGCAAGAAGCUUAUCUGUGCCAGAGCUGAGUUUGGGGAGGAGCCAGUUUUAUGUUCAAAGCAGCCAUUGGCUCCCUGCCUAGCAAUUGGACUUGAAUAGAAUUUCCUUGGGGUGGGCUGAUUUAUCAUUCAUUAUCCAACCUGCCCUGGGCAUCCCAGGAAAUCCCAGACUGUUAAAGGAAAUGCCACUUAACUGCUGAAGACACAGUCUUUUUCUGGGGCAAUAUUCACAGUUUCUUAAGGUACCCUUAGACCAUAUGUGCAUUCAGGGGGACUCUUGUCUUUGCUCCUCAGGUGGGCCCUGGAUGGUCAUCUGAAAUGUCUGGGAAAAAAGAGAGUCCCCUUCCCAAACAAACAUGCAUCAGGGCCACUCAUCUUUAGACUGGGCUUAUGGGUGUUUCCAUACCAUCCCCAACUGCCCCCUCUACCUAGUCCUGUUCCUCUGGGCAAUAGCUCUAGGGAAAAAUAGGUUUUAGGUUGGUGUACAAACUUCAGAGUAACUACUCAAAAUGCACCAGGGGGUUCUUGGCCAAUCUGUAAAGAUGAGUCUCCCAUUGUUGUGGGGAUAUUUGGCUUCGGCAAUGCUAUAGUAGGGAAUCAAGUUCUAUUUUAAGCAAUCAGCAGAGAUCAAUAUUGUACAGAUAUGAAAAAGAUUUAAUAUAUAUAUAUAUUUCUGUAGUAGUGCCAAGGACAGAUUGUCCAAAGACCAAACACUCCAGGGUCCCCGAGAGAUUUGUCCUUACAUCAUUUGUGUUUCUAGGGUCAGAUGUGAUUAUGAAGCUUUACCCAAAGAUAUGGGGAUGGGAACAGGGGUGGGUAGGAGAGGUAAUUUGGUCAUUGGAGUUGGGGGCCGGAACAUUAUGAGUGCUCAAUAAAUGUGAAAUAAUGAGAAUGAUAGUAGUGGUGAUGAUAUCCUUGUGAAUUUAAGAAUGGGUGUGAUUCUGAGUCCAUCAUGUCUGUUUGCAACUGAAUUCAUCUGAACCAGCCAAAAGCCAAUGUAGUUGACAAGAAGUGGACUGUAAAAAUAUAGAGAUCAGGCAUCCCAGGAGGUCCCUAUGGCAGUCAGCCCGCCAUUCCAAAUGUCUUUAAUGAAUAGAGUGUUGGGGGGAGGGGUGUGGAAUUCUAUCCCUGAGGUACCAGAGAGUACAUGACUUCUCACCAGAUCCUUGGAAUCACCCUCUUAAUUUUUCACUCUGAUGCUCUGGAGUGCUAGAAAGAGUUAAUAUAAAGGGAUCGUGCCCUUCCUCCACCCUCUGGACAUCUUUACAUUGGGAGAGCCCAGAACACUGGGA